GGCGCGCCAGUUCAAGCGACACCUUGAAACAGAACGGAUCGUACUCCGAUCGUGUCUUUCCACUAGAAACCCAAAUCAGACGAAUCAGUGACCAUGAAACAGUCGGUUUUGAGUGUCUUGCUAGUAGCAGCGCUGGCGGCGUGCGUUGGUCAGGCUCAGGCUCAGCUCACGGUGGACGUGUACUACGCUCACCUUUGCCCGGAUAGUGUACGUUGGGUGCAGAAUCAGCUGUUGACGCUGAACCCGACCCUGCUCAACAGCAUCACCCUGGAUUUCAUUCCCUUCGGAAAGGCCCAAAGCAUCAACAAUGGCGCGAGCUUCACGUGCCAGCAUGGACCGGCAGAAUGCGAGGGUAACCGAGUGCAGUCAUGCAUUCUCAACCUGCUACCGACCCAGCAAGCCAAGGUGAAUUAUGUCGGAUGCCAAAUGGACUUCGCUGCCGACCCACGUGGAUGGGAGUGUGCCUUCCGUUCGGGUGUUAAUCUAAACACUGCCGAGGCAUGCGUGGAAGGACAGCUUGGUACCCAGUUGCAGCUGGAAGCUGAACGCCGUACGCAUGCGAUCUCCCCUGCCUGGAUUCCAACGAUUGUAUUUAACGGAGUAUUCGACCAGACUCUGCAAGAUCGCGCCCAGGAUGGAUUCGCGAGCGUCAUCUGUGAAUUGACUGGAGUGACCGGCCCAGGUUGCUAGGCCAUCGAGUGUGACCAUAGUCAAUCGUUAGAAGUAAGGUGCUGACAAAUAGAAAAGCUAAACAGUUUUACGAUCGUGAUUUUAUGGACUUUUGAACCAGAGCAUCGAUGGGCUCUCAAAUGCAUUCAAUAAAAAAGAAGUGAAACGUAAUGAUUUUCAUGCUGGCUACUGGCCAC